AAUUCCCUGGUUCAAAUAUCUAAAGCCAAAAAUCAGAACUGAUAAUUAAAGAAGAAAUAUGGUGCACAGCGCCUACGAUUCCUUCCAGCUCGUCACUAAUUCCACCGCCAGAAUCGACGCCGUCGAAUCGUACGGCUCCGCCCUCCUCCUCUCCUGCUCCGAUGGCUCCCUCCGAAUCUACGCUCCCGAAUCAUCCCCCUCCGACCACCGAUCUCCCCCUCCGCCGUCUGAAUUCCAUUCCCAAGCCCUAGAGCUGAAGAAGGAGCCCUACGUUCUCGAGCGGACAAUCAAUGGCUUCUCCAGAAAGCCGAUUCUCGCGAUGGAGGUUCUCAAGUCUAGAGAGCUCCUCCUCUCGCUAUCGGAGUCGAUCGCAUUUCAUAGGCUGCCGAGUUUCGAGACUUUCGCCGUGAUUACCAAAGCUAAAGGUGCGAAUGCCUACUCCUGGGAUGAGAGGCGAGGGUAUCUGUGCUUCGCGCGGCAGAAGAGGGUUUGCAUCUUCAGGCACGAUGGGGGACGGGGGUUUGUGGAAGUGAAAGAAUUUAGUGUUCCAGACACAGUCAAAUCAAUGUCAUGGUGUGGUGAAAAUAUAUGUGUGGGAAUCCGAAGAGAGUAUGUAGUGUUGAAUUCGACCAAUGGUGCAUUAUCAGAGGUGUUCCCGUCGGGGAGGAUUGCUCCGCCUUUAGUUGUGUCUCUUCCAUCAGGAGAGCUUCUUCUUGGGAAGGAUAAUAUUGGAGUGUUUGUCGACCAGAAUGGGAAACUACUUCAGGAAGGCAGGAUUUGCUGGUCAGAGGCUCCUACAGCAGUUCUAGUUGAGCAGCCGUAUGCAGUAGGUCUCUUACCAAGACACGUUGAGAUACGAUCUCUUCGUGAUCCUUAUCCACUGAUCCAGACAGUUGUUCUUCGCAAUGUUCGCCGACUUCUUCAAAGCACGAAUGUUAUAGUUGUAGCUCUAGAGAACUCUGUUUACUGCUUGUUUCCAGUUCCUCUUGGUGCACAGAUUGUACAGCUGACAGCAUCAGGCAAUUUCGAUGAAGCGCUGGCUUUAUGCAAGUUACUUCCUCCAGAAGAUUCAAACCUUCAAGCUGCAAAGGAGCAGUCGAUACAUGUUAGAUACGCUCACCAUUUGUUCGAAAAUGGGAGCUUUGAGGAUGCUAUGGAACAUUUUUUGGCAUCUCAAGUGGAAAUCAGUUACGUGCUUUCUUUGUAUCCAUCUAUAGUUCUUCCCAAAUCAUCUUUUAUUCCCGAACCAGAGAAAUAUUUGGAUAUGAGUGGUGAUGCUCCAGAACUCUCAAGAGGUUCAUCCGGCAUGUCGGAUGAUAUGGAAUCUUCACUUCCUCCUUAUGCAUUGGAUUCUGAGGAAAGUACGGACCUCGAAUCCAGGAAAAUGAGCCACAACACUCUGAUGGCUCUCAUUAAGUUCUUGCAGAGGAAAAGAUAUGGUAUUGUUGAAAAGGCUGCUGCAGAGGGAACUGAGGAGGCUGUUUCAGAUGCCGUAGGAAAUAAUUUUGUUUCUUAUGGGAACAAUCGGCCAAAGAAAUCGGGCAAGGGUCGAGCCAAUAUUCCUAUCAGCUCAGUUGCUAGGGACACUGCAGCUAUACUCGACACAGCAUUACUUCAGUCUCUUCUAUUGACAGGACAACCUUCGGCUGCCCUGGAACUACUGAAGGGUCUUAAUUAUUGCGAUCUAAGAAUAUGUGAGGAAUUUUUGCGGGAAAGGAAUCAGUACGUUUGUCUGCUUGAACUUUAUAAAUGCAAUUCCAUGCAUCGUGAAGCACUCGAGCUUCUUCACAAAUUAUCUGAAGAGUCAAACUCAAGCAAUCCACCAGCUGGACUCAUUCAGAAGUUCAAGCCCGAGAUGAUUAUCGAUUAUCUUAAACCUCUUUGUGGCACAGAUCCGAUGCUUGUCCUGGAGUUCUCAAUGCUUGUUCUUGAAAGCUGUCCCGAGCAAACUAUUGAACUCUUCUUGUCUGGAAACAUUCCAGCCGACCUGGUCAACUCAUAUCUAAAACAGCAUGCUCCAAAUAUGCAGACUACAUAUUUGGAGCUUAUGCUUGCGAUGAAUGAAAAUAGUAUCUCAGGGAAUCUCCAGAAUGAAAUGGUGCAAAUAUACCUGUCGGAAGUUCUUGAUUGGUACACAGAUCUUAAUUCUCAGCAAAAGUGGGAUGAGAAAACGUAUUCUUCGACCAGGAAGAAACUAUUGUCUGCUCUGGAGAGCAUAUCUGGCUACAACCCCGAUGUUUUGUUGAAGCGUCUUCCAACAGAUGCGUUGUAUGAAGAACGAGCGAUUUUGUUGGGAAAGAUGAACCAACACGAGCUUGCUCUCUCCAUAUACAUUCACAAGCUUAACGUACCUGAACUGGCGCUGUCGUAUUGCGAUCGAGUAUAUGAUUCUGGACCACAGCAUUCAGCAAAAUCUUAUGGCAACAUAUACCUCACUCUACUACAAAUAUAUUUGAAUCCUGGCAAGACAACCAAAAACUUCGAGAAGAGGAUCACUAACUUGAUAUCCACUCAGAGCCCCGCGGUUACAAAGUUUGGUCCAGGAAGUGGUAAAACUAAGAUUCGCCUAUCGAAAAAAAUUGCUGAAAUUGAGGGAGCUGUCGAGACUCGGAUCAGCCAAAGCGGUACUGACAGUGGAAAGAGUGACGGAGAUAACGACGACACCAUUGAGGAAGGAUCUUCUACGAUUAUGCUCGAUAAGGUCCUUGAUUUGUUGGGCAAGAGAUGGGAUCGAAUAAAUGGAGCUCAGGCCUUAAGACUGCUUCCUCGAGAAACUAAAUUGAAGAAUCUAAUUCCAUUUCUUGGACCUCUUUUGAGAAAAUCCAGUGAAGCACACCGCAACUUUUCAGUUAUAAAGAGUUUGAGAGAGAGUGAAAACCUACAGGUGAAAGACGAACUUUAUAGCCUGAGGAAAAACGUAGUGAAGAUAAGUGGCGAUAGUAUGUGCUCGCUUUGCAACAAAAAGAUAGGAGCUAGUGUGUUUGCAGUUUACCCCAAUGGGAAGACAAUUGUUCACUUUGUUUGCUUCAAAGAUUCACAGAAUAUGAAAGCUGUGGGUAAAGGUUCGUCGUUAAGGAAGAGAUGACACCCGAUGUUAUACAUACAACAUUCGAUAAAAUAUUCGAACCACCUUAAUCUGUCGAUUUUCUUUGUUUGUGGUUUGGAAUUGCGGGCAAAAUAUACACGAGAAACAGUAUAUACCAUUCUAACCGAUGUAAGUUUAUUGAAGUGAGUUUGUGAGGGUUUUUUCUUGUUGAGUGGUUUUUCGGUUUUGGUGGUGAAAUUUCAUCUCUUUGUAAAAUCCUUUACACGACUAAAUUAUUUUGUCAAAUUUGUUCGAUAUGUUUUAUCAUUUAAUUAUAGUCCCUUGGU